AUGUUGUACGACGAUUUUAAGCCCAUUGUUGAUCUUGUUUUCAACAAUUGGACUGCUUUACAGUUGGCCGUAGAGCAUGGAAUGGGCGCUCCGGGCGGUGAAAAAACAGCUCAACUGAUGUGCGUUUAUGUAGCAAGAUUUUGUGUAGAAAAUGUAGUCGACCAGGACGAUUUAACAGAAUUACUAGAAGACUUAAUGGAUGAAGAAUUUGAGACAGUGUGCCACGAUAAUUCACCUAAAGAGGUAGCAUCAUUACUAUUUUUCUAUCUUGGCCUUUUAAAAGAAGGACGUCAUGAAGAACUCAGAAAUCAUAUAGAAGCAAUGCCCAAAUGUCAGAAAUGGUUGAGUGAACCAAUACAUGAGUCUGUACCGCCUCAAUGUCAUGGCAACCCUGAUGACGAUACAACAAGCAGCGGCGAGGACAACAGUGAUGAAGAAACUGAAGCUUCAACAAAUGCAACAGCAUCAAAUAAUGAACCUGAACCGAUGGAUGAGGACGUUGAACCUGGUUGGACAAUGGUCAGGAGUCGGCGAAGGAAAUAA